AUGCCAAGAAAGAAUGUAAAACUUGCAUGGGUUGAGAAUGACAAGGCAAGAGCAAAAAGUUUAAAGCAAAGGAGAGAAGCAUUACUCAAAAAGGUGAAAGAGCUAACCAUAUUGUGUGAUAUACAAGCUUGUCUAAUCAUUUUCAGUCCUAAUGAAGUUGGUCCAGUGGUGUGGCCAUCAGUUGAGAAGGCUCGUGGCCUCUUAGACGAUUUCUUUGCCUUACCGGAGCUUGCGCAGAAGAAUAAAGAGACGAGUAUCGAAUCAUUUCUAAAGGAGAAGACGAAGACCGUUCAUAAGAAGUUGAUGGAGAGUGAUAAAAAGAAUAAAGAUUCUCUCCUCUUCGUGAUCCACCAAUGCUUCCAUUUGAGGGAGACUAAAAAUCACUACUUAAUAGAUCAAUGGGUUCUCGAUCCCAAACCACUUGAGCCUUUAGGUUAUCAACGAAGUUACUGUCCAUACAAAGGAAGCAGUAGCAAUGGAAACCCUAAUUUGGAGAUGGAGCUCUUUUGUCCUGAAGUGAUGUCUUUCUUUGGUUUGGGUGAGUCUACUGCUCAACCAUUACAACAUCAUAACAUGAAUGAUAAUCCAAUAAUGGAUAUGAAUCAAAGAGAACAAUACUCUUUUGAUUUCAUGAGUCAUGAGAUGGAAAUACAAGAGGAAGGGAACAACAACGCUACAAUGACCAACGAUGAUGUUCGCCAAGAGCCACCUCGUAAUGAAACAACUAAUAUGGCGAUGUUUGAUAUCAAUAGGGAUUGGCUGAAUUUGAAUAAUAAUCAUUUCUAG